CACUUCACAACACCCGCGGUGAAGGGACAAGUGUGUGUUUUAUAUAAAUGUAUAAAUAAAGGAAGAAGAAAGCGUAUAAAUGUCAGUUUUUUUUUAUGAGAAAAAUAUUAGUGCAAAUAAAAACAUUGAAAACCAAUCGUGAAGCAAACUAUCAUCUAGUUCGAUACAGUUACACGAAUGAAGAAUAGGUAAUUCUUUGACAAAAAGAAAAAUCACAAAAAAAUUAUACUAUGGAUUUUCACGAUUUUUUCGGUCCAAUUAAGGAAUUUUACAAUUCGUGAAUCUACGAUUUCCCUUCUACUUCGCAAGAUACCUUGCGAUGCAACACGUGUUUGUCUGCACAGGUUUUAUAGUGAAUUAAAUAAUAAUAAUGGAGAUACAUGGUAUCGACGAGGAAGACGAGGAUGUCGUGAUACAAGGCAGCGCUCUUCAUGAGCAUCUUUCGAGAUUAGGUUAUACAGACUACGAAACUGUGCCUAUGCCCAAGAAAACGUAUUUCAAACGGGAACGUUAUUUGAAUAUCGAUAUUAAGAGCACCGUGAAAAAGAUUUAUGCAAAAUUGUUUUCUCUUUAUUCUUGGUUAACGCAGGAGAAAAGCAUUUCAGAAAGGCAAUUGAUCGUUAUUUUGAAUGCGGAGGCUUUGUUGAAUGAUCAUUUUUCUGUGAUUAACAGCUUUACAAUUAAGAGCAAUAACAGUUCUAAAAAAAUAACACUACAAGAACUAAUAGUGACUGGGGCCUGUAUCUCUUCAACAUGUGUUUCACUGUGUGAACAGAAGAUUUUGCCAACGUUAUUUGCAUCAUUUGCAAUUUGUUGCAUCGGUUAUAUGAAAUAUUUACGUUUUUAUGCAAAUAGAAAUCUCAAAAACGUUAUACUAUUACAAAAUGAACUUUUCAUCAUGUGUAAAGACGGCCUUAAGAUUUUACGACAUGAUUAUAAAAUGAAAUUGGGUUUUGGACCAUGUCUGCAACAAUUUUCUCAUUUCUUAGGUGAAAAGUUGCAGUACCUUGAAUCUCUAAAAGAUGCUUUAAUCAAAUUCAUGGAAAAUAUUUCCUGUGUAUAUUACAAAUGUUCGCUGUCAAUUGCAAAAUUGCUGCCGCCAGACGCCCUUAGCGAAGAGCUAUUUACAAAAUUCGAGUGUAACUCGUUCGAAGCAUCGGGUGAAAUCAACUAUCAAACAUUAAAGAGAUUGUAUCACACCUAUCUUUUGGUACAAUCAGAAAUGUUGUACUUAUUAGCUAUCGCAUAUAAUAGCAGGACGUGGAUAAGUUCCUGCCGGAAGAUUCCUGAAACGGAAUUAGCGUAUAUAAUUCAUAUCUUAGCUAAAGAAUUGGCAGUAUAUAAAGUUAAAUUGUCGGAAAUUAUGAAUGCGUAUCGUACUUGCAAAACAGAACCAGUUCGAUAUAAGACACAGGGCAAAGCUAAGUGGCACGAUCCAACUGUCCAAUUGGAUUUGGCGUCCUAUAAACUACAAUUAGCCUACAAUCAAGUCUUUUCAACGUUUAAAGACAUUGAUGACUGCAUUAAUCAGGAUAAUGGUAUCGAUAACGAAACAGCUGACACACUGAUGCAGAAGUUGGAUAAAGCGUUCAAAGAGAUCGACACGGCUAAGAGUCUGGCAGAGUUUGUCGUUCUGUUGAUGGCAAGAUCACGAUUCAGUGAUCUAAGGAACAGUCAAUCUGUAACCGAUGAUGCUACAAUAAACGAGAAUCCCAAUUUGCCAGUGAUAAUCGAUUCGGAUCCGCAGAUCCUUGACGAGGUGUUUGAAGAAUAUAUCAAAGAGGAGUAUUCGAAAUCAUUGGACGACGACACGGACGAAUACUCAUUAGAGCAACGUAAGCUGGAUAAACUUCUGGCGAAAAAUUUUAUGAGCGAGUUGAAAGAAGCUUUAGUUGACAAACGUAAGUCUAUGUCCGAACGAGAGUUCAGGGCGUUACAGCGUAUAUGUAAAAAUGUAUCAAGAGAGCCUGCAUCGAGUACUGAAGACAACAAGGACUGUCAGAUUGCACCCGCCCCACCGCCAAUGCCUCCUCACUGCAUAUGGUCAACGCGACCAAGCGAUAUUAAUUUAGAUCGCAGGAACGUGAUUUCUCCUAUUUAUAAAAUUAGAAAUGACGAUUCGUCUAUCCAAGAAAAAUCCGACGAGUCAGAUGAGGAAAACGAUCUUGUGAGAGCGCUGAAGCAAAAAAACACUUUUAGUACAUGGUCAAUCGAAGUCUGCGACAACAAGGAUGAAGAAUCGAUUCUGCCAUUGCCAUCCUUGCCACAGGUUCUUCUUGAAACUCAAGCCACACGAUUUAUCACGAAGGUACCACCUUUCCUCCAUGAGGAAACGUUCAUAGGAAGUGGUGAAAAUUCUGAGGAUGAGAUUACAAGUAAUUCAAGUGAUAAUGAGAAAAAUGUGUAUGAAGACUAAAAAAUAAAGAGAGUUGAGUAAGUUUGAUAACAGA